AUGAUACCAGACUAUGGUAGUGGCAUAGGUAAUGGUCACUGGCUUCCGUCUUGCAUUCUAACUGGUGUUGUUCAUGCUAGAAUGACAGAAGACGCUCCGGCAGAAAUUCGUGAUGCAGCCGAAGUCCCAGUGAAAGAAGAUCUUCCUCUUGAUUUUUUUAUUAGUGAUAAUAGUAAUGUACAGGAGGAAAUGGUGUGA